GGGUCGUUUAUUGUUGUCGCUAACUAUCGCAAGCGCUUCGUAUCGCUAUCGUUCGGAAUUUUACCGCAGCGUCAUCCGAGUGAAAAAAACCUAACAAAAUGAAAAACCUCACAAAAUAAAAAGCCAAACGUCAAAAUUCUAGGAAAAAUAAUAAAAAAAAACGCAAGAGAGCGAAGAAGAAGAAGCAGGGUAGUAGUAAGAAAAAAAUUUUGGUGUGUGUUCAGCAAACGCAAAGCGAAAAGCAAACGAAAACUACAAAUAAGUGAUAAAAAAACGAAAAUAUUAUGCAUAACUUUCGAUUGAAUUGUAACUACGAUUGGAGAACAGUACGUUUGUGAUUGAAUGCAAGUGAAAAUUUUAUUCGGCCAACAUGUGCAUAAAGAGUGAGAUAAAGCGAGAAAAAUAUUUGGAAAUUGAAUUGAAAUUGUGCAAACACACAUAGUUGUGAGUUAGUGUGGUGAAGGAAUAGAAGAAAAGGAGAAAAAAAACAUUUGGUUUCGGUCGUCACACGCAUUUUCAGCAAAAUAUACCAAAAUUCUUAUUCAUUUUCAAUUCAUUUGGGAUGCGUGUAAUUUAUCAUCGUCAUUUUGUUUUGCAUUUGUUUUCGAAAUAAAUUCUCGGUAGAAGAAAUAAAAUAAAAUCGCAAACUUUUUUUUUGUUCGAUUCCUUUGGUGUGUUUUGUUUUGAAUUUGUUCAUUUGAGAGAAACGAGAUAGAAAAAAAAAAGUAUAGCCACUAGCCUAUUUAUGUGGAGUGCGUGUGUGUAUCGGUGUUGUGAAUGUGUUUGUUGGUAUGCGUUUUAUGUGCUGGGUACACAUACACCGACGACCCAUUGAUUCGUAUCGAGUGUGAACGUGUUUCUAUGUGUGUGUAUGCGUGUGUGUAUGUAUGAGCGGACCGAAUGUACAAUAUACACAUUGAAUUGAUGAACGAAAAAUACAGCACAUGAAAAAUAAUGGCAUCGCGAAUGAUGCGGAGUCGUAGUUGGCGAAAAGGCCAUAGCAAAAAUGAGGCGUUGGUGCCAAAAAAACAAGAGACUGCUGAGGAAAUCUUCACAGAAUUAAAUUCAAAGCCAACAAGUGCAGCUAGACGUUUGGUGCUUCUGAAUGGUUUCGUAAAAACGAUCAAUACACCAUCCAAGGAUGGCGAUGUGUUCAGUGCAUACACCACCGAGGAUAUACUGAUAAGUUUAAGGACAUCGAUGAUUCACGAAUUCACACAAGUGAGGGCGGGCGUAUUGCGUACAUUGCGUUACACAUUGAAAACAUCACGUGAUAUUCAAAUAUUCAACGAAUUGCAGCUACCGCAAUUGCUGUGCCGUAGCAUAGAGAUUGGUGUGGAUAAUGAGGAGGAACGUGUUCAGGCAUUCAAAUUGAUACGAAAAAUUCUGUCAAUAGCGCCAGAUAUAAUGAGCCCGCUGAUAACAAGGUCAUUGGUAUCGUCAAGCGAAUGUGGGAUUGAAGAUGGUGAUCGUAUGUUGCGUGCCUGUUUGGCGAUACUGUGCGAAAUAGGCGUUCUAAAUCCCGUUUUGAUGAUUUUGUGCGGCGGAGUAAAUGCAAUAACACGAACCGUUCUAGAAUGUCACAGUCCACGCAUUGCUGAAAGUUUGUGCGGUGUUCUGUUGCAUUUAUUAGAAUGGCCACACACACGGAAUAUCGCCGGUGUACGCUUAGACUGUUUAGCAGCUCCAUACUGUGAUUUCACCUAUCGACUAGGCAUCAUGGAUAAAAAUAAGCAUGCACGUGAUCUACGAUUCACUUGCAGCCGUUUGGCUUUGUUGUCCGUGCUGCGUAGUUGGCCGGGAACAUUAGAAUUUUGCGAUCCAAAUAAACCAUCGGGCUUAAAAGCAAUCGUCGAUGUUUUGUAUUUAAAUCAGUUAGAAGUUAGAAAAGCAAUUUUAGACUUGUUAUAUGAAUUAUUGUGGCUUCCGCAACCAGUUUGGACCGAUGAAUAUUCGGUGGCUAUAGCUGCCAUUGAUCCAGCUGAUUAUCAAGAUGCAUGGCGUCUGGGUGAGGGUUUUGUGGCAAUGGAAGGACGACAUAUUUUACCAAGCCUUGCAAAUCGUGUGUCAAAUAUUUCGGAGAUUCAUACAUCCGUGCUACUGUACUGUUUCCUUGAAACUGGUCUAUUGAACGCGCUUAUCGGUGUAAUUGUGUCCAGUGCGGCUUUUAUAUCAGUUCGAGCGACAAUUCUAAUUGGCAAACUACUUCAAUUAAUGCAUACACACCUUCCUGCCGACAUAUGUAAUGCAUCGUCAGCAUUGCCUGCCUUAAUAACGUACGCAUCCCAAGGGAAUCCACAAGCAACGGCUGCCGUAUCAGCGCUACAACAUUUACACAAAGUGUUACAAAAUCGACCAGCAUCGUGUAGUUUAUUUUUAGAUGCAAUUAUCCAAAGCGGAGCGAUAAUAAAUUCACCGGUAUUCAAAAGGGAAAUUGAGUCCACUGAGAUCAACAUUAACCCGCCAAUGUACGGUAUAUUAGAGCGUUCGCGAUAUGAUUCGGUUGGUUCGUCGACGAGCGGUGAAGAGCCCAGUACACAGACACUGAAUCGACGAGGCAGUAUGAAAAAGAAAAAGUUCCUUCAAUUCAUCGAUGGUCUGCGUCAAAGUGAGAAUUUAAUGAAAGAAUCUAAUGUGUUUGCCAACGAUGAUGGAAUGACAUGGGAUUGGGAUAUUAUUACGACUAUUUUCACAAAGACCAAUACAAGCAAUAAACUGGAUAUUAAAUUCACUCGAUUUUUACGACGUUUGAUGCAUUUCUAUAAACCAAGCAGUAAUCGAUUUUCCCAUCAAGACAUUGGCCUCAACAGAUACAUACCAUCUUACGUUACAGCCGGGAUUAAAAUGAUUGAUUGGCUUUUAAAGAAUGCCGAAAUGGAAUCCAUUCGCCUGUUGACCGAUUACUUUUCGGAUAUCGAUGCACAAUUGCUGGCAAUUUGCACGGCAAAAAGUGCUCACGAUUGCCUAUUCAGUCCACAGCAUAUGACCAGUACAAUGUGCCAACUGUAUUUCUUGUACAUCGGCCGAAUGUGCCGAUCAAAAGUUGGAAUCCAAAUUCUAAUCAACACACAUAUCUUUAAGCAUUUAAUUCAAAUCGUAACCACGACGAAUCAUCCGUGUUACAUUAAGUUGAUUGUGUCUGGUUUGGACUAUACAGUGGACGCAUUGCCACGUCAAGUAUUGGAAAAAGCUUUAACCGCAUCGGAACGUAGUGCCGGUCGUUUGUAUGCAACGCAAUUUUUGUUGGUAUUGCUUCGUGCGAAAAUUCCCAAUUUCGAAGUGUGGGGCUUGCCAUUGUUGGUCAAACAAACCAGAGAUAAGGAGCGCAAAGUCGUUUUGGCCGCAUUGGAAAUUCUCGACGAAGCGUGUCAUGAUAGAACGUAUUUAGAAGAGCUGGUUAGUUUGUGGCCUGACUUUGCUUCCAGAGGAGAUAACGGAAAACUCCUUAUGUCACGAUAUUAUUCAAUACCACGCGGUUUGAAUCACAUGAAAGCACGAAUCCAACAGGAAAUCGAAAUUUGGCUCAAUGUUUAUAACAAACGGUAUGUUCUGCUGGUUGAGGCCGAUGCACAUGCCCAUUUAACAUUGCACACACGCAGCGAAGACGGAACGUAUAGUCGUCGAGCGUGUUCAUCGCGUGAAGUAUACAUAGCACCGCCAAAUAUUCUACCGCAUUUAUACGGGCAGUUAGUUCAAACAACUCAGGGAUUAGAAAACCUUCUGAAGUACGGACAAUUGCCACAAUUGGUGGACACACUGAUCCAGGGAAAAUGCAGCAAUGAAACGGAAAUAUUGUUGCUAAAAGCAGCCGUUUGGGCUUUGGGCCAUACAUCAACCAGCACCGAUGGAAUUGAAUACCUAAUCGAAACGGCACCACAAGUAUAUGAGAAGUUUAUCUUUCUAGUGAAACACUGUGAAGUGUAUUCGGUACGAGCUGUUGCCUUACAUGCACUGGGAUUGGUUGGAACUACCAAAGCCGGCGCUGAUACUCUAUUCAAAUAUGAUUGGCUCUGUGUACGACAUAAUCGCGACACAUUGUGGCCGGUGUGUGAAACUGAGGACUGGCUAUCGAAACAUUUGACACCGAUUCGACAUCAUUUGGAUAGUGUGCCUCCGUACAAUUAUACAGGAAUUGAUGAAAAAAUCAGUGGAAUCUUCGAUGAGUCGGCCAGUUCAUUUCUCCCUGAAUCGGUCGAUGUCGGCAAAACCGAUACAACCAGCGAAGUGGAUGGUGCCGUCCCGAUUGCAGCCAAAUCGAAAACACUUCCAGAAUAUGCAUGCAAAUAUGCAAUGAUCAAACACAAACGAUCGCUAUCGGAAUCGAAAACAACCGACGGAAUUAGUUUAGCUUCGAAUGCGAAUCAUUAUGUUAGUCGAACACGCUUCAAUUCUGGAACAUCCGAUUCGAAUACGUCCGGUGUGAGCAGUUAUGAAUCAGUGUUUGGAAUUGUAAUGGGUGAUUUGUGUAACAAAACAUUGAGCCCCAUUCCGAGCUCAUCCAAUUUGCUCGAAGUGAAAAAGCCAAACGAACAUUUUCGUCGGAUUUCAUUGACCGGUGCACAUUUCCGUGAAACAACCAUAAGCCCGCAAGAUGCACAGGGUUAUGCUAAACUCCGAUCAAUUCGACGAUAUACACGGCCACAGCUAUCGGAAUCAGCUGCCGAUGAACUGGCCGAAAUUAUCGAUAUCAAUCAAGUUUAUUCGAAUCGAUUGACAAUUCCACAGAACUCGCAUCGACGAUUAAAAGUGCGCAGUUUGGAUCGUCAUAGUUGCUUCGAUAUGAUCGAUUCGGAAGGAUCACAUGAUGUGUCCAGAGUGUCUGAUAUUGGAUCGUAUUGCCUGACUGGGCCCUAUACACGCGGACCGUGUUACACUGGAAUUUGUUUGCCGAAAAAUGUUAUGGAUUUAUUCCCGAGUGCACGAUCGAAUGGCACGUAUGUCACACGUUGCAUAAAGGAUGCCGACUCAAUGGAAAUGGUUCUGAAGCACGGUGUGAUAGCCGAUUUCAUAAGCGAAUGUGAUGAAUAUUCGGUGAGCAGUUUGUCGGAUAUUUCUUCGACGACUAGCAAACGAUCAAAAAUCAAUGGAACAAAGCAUAACCGAACUGCUUGCUUAUUGUGUUGUCGAACAGCCCAGGGCAUCAAUCGUUUCAAUUCGACGAAUGCUGUGCCAAGCAUCGGUGGAGCACCAAAUUCCUCGGAUAUUGAUUUGACCGGGAGCUCGAGCGCCCUGACGGCAACACCAAAUAAAAAAUUCCCUGAAAACGGAAACUUGGAUACAACGUACAAUUCGUCCGAAAGUCAUUUGAGCGAUGAAAAUUACAAUGAUAAAAUCCAAGAGACAAUUUUGCGACACGUCCAGCGCAUGGCGAAUCCGGUGUGGAGCAAACAAUCGAAAUUGGCUUUGUUCAAGAUCAAACAAAAGCAUCCGCAUUUCUUUCGAAAUAUGUGCCUGUAUUCAGACAUAUGUGUUACACUGAGCCAGAACACUUAUCGUUUUUCAUCGCGCAAGUUUUUGCAAGAGAUUUUCGUCGAUGUUGAUUACAGCACAUUCUAUGCGGACGCCUUUGAAGUCAUCGCGAAAAAGAAGGCACUUUUAGAAUUAAAAUCCGUGGAAAUGAACAACCAUAAUGAUACAGAUACAGACACCGUUGAUGGUGUGAUGCCAACGAGUGAAUCUAAUCAAAAUGCAACAUCGUCGCCAACAGCUCUGGUCGAAAAAGUCCGAAAUCCACCACAAAUCCUGAACAUUACGACACAUCCAAUAAAAACACACAUCCUGCGUUCACCGCCGCUAGCAAGUGUUUAUGAAACAAGUCGUGAAAAUUUAAGUGAUUCACUUGGCACUCACACCAAAUCGAUAUUGAAUAGCACCCCAAUUGGCAAUGACAUCGCAGAGAGUCGCCUGCAAACCGAAGUCGAUAUUGAAAUCAUACCAUAUUCAUCGAACAAUAAAAUGAAUUCAAUCGGUGACGAUGAUAGCGAUCAUUCGCUCCACAUUGGCAACGAUCUUAGUGCACGGAAUACCUUGUAUCGAAAUGAUAAUCGUGCAUUGGCAACCCAUUCACGUCCACGAUUCAAUACAAUUCAUUCAAUAGAUUUAAGCUGUACAAAGAACAAAUUCCCAAUAACCGAUCGACGAAAAACAUUCGAUUUGUCCAGUUCAAUAUCAAAUAGUGCCCUAUACUCGCAACCAACUAGCAUCACCAAAUCAUUGUCUGCAUCAAUCACAUCCGCGCCCAGCAUGAGCUUAUACUGCGAAAAGCGGCUACAAACAUCUAAAUCAGAGGCUAUUCUAACCAACAACAAUAAUUUCAUGCGAAAUUCACUAAAUUUCAACAAUCAUAACAACACCACAACAACUGAAGCGCAUAGCAAAAACAAUCAUCUGGCCAAAUAAUAUAUAUUCCUAUUUUUAAUCACGCUCCCAAUUUUCCUCAAUUAAGAAAAAAAUGAAGAAGAAGAGAAAACCAACCAACCAAACAAACAAGCAACAAACAAACAACAUUGAAAUAGGGUUCCUUUUUUUCUAUAUGUUCGACUGUAAUUUUGUAAUAUAUAUAGAAAUGAUUUUAAACACGACUUUUAAUAUGUAAGAAUGAGAGAAAAAAACACGUUAACACAUAUAUGAAACAAAAAACCAACAAAUCCUAAUUCGUUAUAUGAUGAAUGCAGACUGUGUGACACACAGUUUCGUGAGCAUUUUCCUUUUUUUUAUUUUUCUUGCAAAAAAAAAACACCACUGCCAAGCAAAAAAAAAUCGAUUUGUUCUUACACAAAAACCAUUUUUUUUACAGGAAACCAAUGUUAACUAUAAAAUAAUUCCAAAAUUUUCAAUGCAAUUAGCUCAAAACGAUUAAGAUUUGUACAGAAUAGAUAACCAAAACUGUUUUUCUUCUUAUUCUUUACUCUUCUUUUUUAAACUAGCUCCUUAAAUUCUAAACAUUUUAGUUUUUUAAUGUAUGAAUUUUAAUUAUAAUGGGCAAACUGAAAAUGAAUUUUCAGAUUUAUUUAUGAAUAGAGUUGACAGUUGUGUAUAAAGUGAAAUUUAAUCAAACAAAUUACUUUUUAAACGAAUCAACGGAAUAAUCUAGUAUUUAAAUGGGCCAACAUUUCUUCAUUUUUUUUUCUUCCUCUGUCCCGAAAAAUAAAUUAUUAUCAGCACACAUCAAAUGGAACAGUAAAUUCUGUUUCAGAAUUUCAUAGUGCUUUGCUUUGUUGAGAAAGAAAAAGAAAGGAAUUUUUUUAAACGUGUAAAGUUUUUUCUUUCAAAUUCAACUUCAAUGGGAAAUCAAACAAAAAAAAACCUAUUUUCUCUGGGUAUAAAUUUAAAAUUCAUUGGAACAAUUGUUCAAAACAAUUCGUUUGGAGAAAAAAAAUAAUGGAAAUUGUACAUUGUAAAUAAAGCAUAUUAUUAUUUAAAA